GGACUAGCCAUCAUCUUGUGUUGUCUUUAAACAUUUUCAUUAUGCUAUCCCACGCAACAUCCUGUCCCGUCCAAGCACCCGUUGAACACCGGUUCUCGCCUUACACCGAUAACGGAGGGACGACGUUGGCGAUUGCAGGAGAUGAUUUCUGUGUGAUUGCCGGUGAUACGCGCCAGAGUGAGGGGUAUAACAUUAAUACCCGGUACGCACCCAAAGUGUUUCAAUUGUCGAAUGGAGCUGUGCUUGCUACGGGGGGUAUGUACGCUGAUGCCGUGACGUUGAUGAAGAGGCUUGAGCAGCGGUUAGAGUGGUACAGGCACCAACAUGAAAAGGAAAUGUCGUGUGGAGCACUCGCGCAAAUGCUGUCAACUAUUUUAUAUCAUAAACGGUUUUUCCCCUAUUAUGUGUGGAAUACGUUGGGGGGUUUGGAUGAAGAAGGACAUGGAGCGGUAUACAGCUACGAUCCCGUGGGAAACUAUGAAAAACAUAAAUGGAAUUGCUCUGGGUCUGCUGGACAUUUAAUUCAACCGUUUUUGGAUAACCAGAUUGGCUUUAAGCAUCAAUUGGCCAAUGCCACAUCUCUCACGAUCCCUCAAGUGCUUAAAAUCACUAAAGAUGCUUUCACGUCCGCCACGGAACGGGAUAUUUAUACGGGCGAUUAUUUGGAGUUGUUUGUGGUGACCAAGGAGGGAAUUACCAAGGAAAAGUUUGAGUUGAAAAAGGAUUAAUGAAAAAGUUUUUUCUGUGUAUGCCUGUGUGUGCCUGUGUGUUUUUUAAGUGCCUGGCUUUAUCUUCUCCCCUUGAACGUAUAGAUCAUGCGAGGAGAAUCGCGAAUCAUGUAUCACCAUGCAAAUAGGACUUCAAAGCUAGCGCUAUGCGUCCUUUGUUUAGCCA